GAGCAGGAGUGUUUUUACACCUGCACACACUUGUACUGAGGGUGCUGCAGUUGAGGUGGUUGAGCAGAAUCAAACCAGUGGGCUUUCACAUCUGCAUGACCAUGAUCCAGAUAAGCUGCAUCGUAUAUAUGUUCCUGCUCGUCUCCAUCACUGGAGCUGUUGAGAGCAACAUCGUGGCUGGGAGGGUUGCAAAGCCCCAUUCCAGACCCUACAUGGCAUCACUCCAGUUUAAUGGAACACAUUCAUGCGGUGGGAUACUUAUUAGAGAGGACUUUGUUCUGACUGCUGCACACUGCAAAUAUUCUGAAGAAAUGAUGGUGGUGCUUGGAGGUCACAACAUUACUGCUAAAGAAAAAACUCAGCAACGGAUUGAAGUGGCCAGAUACCAUCUGCAUCCAAAGUUCACGGGACAAUAUGAAUAUGACAUCAUGUUACUUCAGCUGAAAAAAAAGGCCAAGCUCAAUAAGUAUGUGAAGACUAUUGGAAUACCCAACAAAAAUGGAAAAACUCCUGCAAACAUCAACUGUGCUGUAGCUGGAUGGGGAAGAACUGGAGAGAAAAUGCCUUCUUCAGAUGUUCUGAGGGAAACUACAGAGAAAAUACAAUUCAGCUUUGAAUGUAAAAAAAUCUUCGAAAAAAAUUUUAACAGUGAACAUAUGAUGUGCACCAAGUUCAACAAAAAGAAGGGAGGAGUGUGUCAGGGCGAUUCUGGUGGACCACUUAUCUGCAACAAUAAGGUUGAAGGUAUCACAGCAUACACCAAGAAAGAUGACUGUUCUAAUCCACAUUAUCCUCAUGUCUUCACCAAAUUGAAUUACUUCAGUUCUUGGAUCAAGAAAAUCAUGAAGCCAUCAAUGAAUGUUGCAUGAGUGUUUACUGAUCGAGCGACAAUGCUCACUGCAUAGCUGCUGAUGAAAAACGAAUCAGGCUUGAUGAAGUGUAUGCUUGUAAAAUGCUCUUCACUUAUAAAAGAAUCCACAAAGAUUAUCUGUGCCAAAAGCACAUGGAAAAAAGUUCUGAUUUUAAUUCAGCUUUCUUGCUCCUUUUAUUUUCCUCAUCUCCACCUCUCAUUUGCAAAAUCCCUGUGCAAGUUGAAUCAGCUAUUUACAAAUGUGUUUGCUUCAACUUAAUUAAAACUUCAACAAAUGCAAAGAGUGGGUGGAAAUGUUGCGGAUGCGCGUCAUCCAUGGCUGAUGCUCCUCUCAGUUGCAUUCCUGGCUCAGUCAUAGUGCAAGCUUUUGAAGUUGAACCGUUUACUGUCUGUGAAACCGGUCAUCUGCAGAAACAAUUAAAAAUGUGCUAAUAAAGAUGU